UGAUAUAGUGGAGCUCUUAUGGAAGAGUGGCCAAGUCGUUAGAACCAGUCAAACACAGAGACCCUCCUCCAAUACACCACCAUCUCUUCCUCCACCACCCAUUCUUCGUGGUAGCGGAAGCGGCAACGGAGAAGAAAAUGCCCCGCUUCCACUUCCACAGCCUUCACCUCCCCUCCAUCAUCAGAAUCUUUUCAUUCUGGAAGACGAAAUGUCUUCUUGGCUUCACCAUUCUCACCCCGGCGUUACGUCCACCCCGGCUUCUUCUGUCUCCCUGCCACCACCACCCAAUGCUCCGCGUGAAGAUGAUAUAGUGGAGCUUUUAUGGCAAAGCGGCCAAGUAGUUGGAACCAACCAAACACAUAGACAAUCCUACGAUCCUCCUCCCAUUCUCCGCGGCAGCGGAAGUGGCAGAGGAGAAGAAAAUGCUCCCCUUUCACAACCUCCGCCUCACCUGCAUCAGCAAAAUCUCUUCAUUCAAGAAGGCGAAAUGUAUUCGUGGCUACACCAUUCUUACCGCCAAAACUAUUUCUGCUCAGAACUUCUCAACUCCACUCCGGCUACUCACCCGCAAAGUUCCAUCUCUCUGGCACCACGUCAGACUAUCGCCACGAGAAGGGCGGAAAACUUUAUGAACUUCUCGUGGCUAAGAGGGAACAUAUUUACCGGCGGUAGAGUUGAUGAAGCUGGACCGUCGUUUUCGGUGGUAAGAGAAUCGAUGCAGGUAGGCUCGAACACGACCCCCCCUUCUUCUUCUGCCACUGAAUCAUGUGUAAUACCAGCUACAGAGGGCACCGCGAGUCGAGUGUCGGGAACUUUGGCAGCUCAUGAUCUUGGUCGGAAGGGAAAGGCGGUGGCGGUUGAGGCGGCCGGAACACCAUCUUCAGGAGUGUGCAAGGCCGAAACAGAGCCGGUUCAGAUACAACCAGCAACGGAGUCGAAGCUAAAAGCGAGAGAAGAAACCCAUGGAACUGAAGAAGCUCGUGGUUCAACGUCUAGAAAGAGAUCACGAACUGCAGAAAUGCAUAACCUCGCCGAAAGGAGAAGGAGAGAAAAGAUCAACGAGAAGAUGAAGACUCUGCAACAACUCAUUCCUCGCUGCAACAAGUCUACUAAAGUUUCAACGCUGGAUGAUGCUAUCGAGUACGUCAAAUCGUUACAGAGCCAAAUACAAGGUAUGAUGUCGCCAAUGAUGAAUGCCGGGAAUACGCAACAGUUCAUGCCCCAUAUGGCCAUGGAUAUGAACCGACCUCCUCCAUUCAUACCUUUCCCCGGCACAUCUUUUCCUAUGCCGGCUCAAAUGGCAGGUGUAGGUCCAUCAUAUCCAGCACCGCGCUACCCUUUUCCCAACAUUCAGACCUUUGACCCAUCCAGAGUCCGUUUACCAAGCCCGCAGCCUAACCCGGUGUCGAACCAGCCUCAGUUUCCGGCUUACAUGAAUCCCUAUAGCCAGUUUGCUGGUCCCCACCAGUUGCAACAACCUCCUCCUCCUCCAUUUCAGGGUCAAACAACAUCACAACUGAGUUCCGGGCAGGCAAGUAGUAGCAAGGAACCUGAGGAUCAGGAGAACCAACCAACAGCUUAGUAAGAAUCAGGGAAUGAAGGGUUUCCUUGGGAUGUAAGUUA